AUGACUGAGUUCUGGCUUAUUUCAGUUCCUGGGGAUAAAACAUGCCAGCAAGCAUGGGAGAAACUACAAGCAGCAACAACCAAAAGCAAUCUCUCUACUAACUCAAAGUUCGAGAUUCCCGAAUUAAAGGUUGGCACACUGGAUGUUUUAGUUGGAAUAUCAGAUGAAUUGGACAAACUGGAUUCAUUUUUAGAGGUGGUUGUUAACGAAGUGGCUAAAUAUACAUCUGAUGUACUAGAAGAGGAAGAUAAAGUUGGAGAAAAUCUAUUGGCUGAUGGAGUUGACAUAAUUUCAUAUGUAACAAAGUUCCAAUGGAAUAUGGCCAAGUAUCCAAUCACAGAGUCACUGAAAAAUCUUACUGAAAUGAUUGCCAAGGGAGCAAAACAAAUUAACAAUGACUUCAGAGCCCGAGUAUCUACAUAUAAUGAACUGGAAGUAAAUCUUAGGGCUUUGGAAAAAAAGAACACAGGAAGUUUAUUAACUAGAAACCUAGCAACAAUUGUAAAGAAAGAUGACUUUGUCCUUGAUUCAGAAUAUCUCACUACAUUAUUGGUGGUAGUUCCAAAGUUACUGCAUAAUGAAUGGGUCAAGCAAUAUGAAACAUUGACUGAGAUGGUAGUCCCAAGGUCUAGCCAGGUUAUUUCAGAGGACCCAGAUAAUUACCUGUGCACUGUUACCUUGUUUAGACAGUCAGUGAAAGAAUUUAUGGCUAAAUGCAGAGAGAAGAAGUUCUUGGUCCGUGAUUUUCAGUAUGAUGAAGAGAAGAUCAGAGAAGAGAGAGAGAAGAUUACCACUAUGUCCACUGACAAGAAGAAACAGUUUGGACCACUAAUUUGGUGGCUGAAAGUGAAUUUCAGUGAAGCUUUCAUAGCAUGGAUUCAUGUGAAAGCAUUAAGGAUUUUUGUUGAGUCUGUUUUAAGAUAUGGAUUGCCAGCAAACUUCCAGGCAAUGCUACUUCAACCCAAUCACAAAACCAUGAAGAAACUGAGACAGGUAUUGUAUGAUUUGUACAAACACUUGGAUGUUCAUGCAGGAUCUUUUAUUGAUCUUCCUGUGGAUAUUCCAGGCCUAAAGUUCGGUGAACAGGAAAGUUAUCCCUAUGUGUGCUGCAAGAUUAAUUGCAAACUAUUGUAA